ACAGGCUCCACAGAGAUGUCAGGGGCUGGGAUUUACUCUGCGUACCUUACUUACCCUACCAAAUGCACUGGCAGGAUUCCCAGCAAGCCACAGGCUGACUUACAAACCUGCUACUGUUUCGCGGAAAUCCUACCAGUUGUCACUCAUCUUCAGGAGAGUGGCACAGCAUGUGGCACAGAGGCCUUCACGACGCGAACCCUUCUUUCUCCACCUUAUUCCCACCUCGGCCCGGGAAUCGGAGGUGCGGGCAGGAACGCGCCCCGGCCUCGCCGUCCCCCGGGCCGCCCCCGCUCCGCCCCGCCCCGAGGCCCGGCUCUGCCGCGCGGACGGGCGCCCCUCGCGGACCCCGCCACGCGGCUCCGGUUCCGCAGGCUGACGCCGGGUUCUCUGUUUAGACGCAGAAAGAGUGAAGGAGGCGUCAGUCCGUUCGGCACCCCAAACUCGCUUACCCGAGGCGCGGGGAGCGCACGGAAGGCGGGCGGGCGUAGCUGCUUCCCCGCCCCGGGGCGGCGCCCAGGCUUGGGCUUCGCGGCCCCCAUCCCGCCCCGCCGCCUGGCCGCCCGGCGCCGCCGCCAUGUCCUCCGGGGCCGGCGUGAACGCCCUGCAGCGCCUGGUGGAGCAGCUCAAGCUGGAGGCCGGCGUGGAGAGGAUCAAGGUGAGGCGGGCGGCAGCGCCCUUCGCCCGCGGGGACCGGCCGCCCCACCGCCGCCGCCGAGGCCGGGUGUCUCAGGCGGCUGCAGAGCUUCAACAGUACUGCAUGCAGAAUGCCUGCCAGGAUGCCCUGCUGGUGGGGGUUCCAGCUGGAAGCAACCCCUUCCGAGAGCCCAGAUCCUGUGCUUUACUCUGAAGACUGGGAAGAAGUUCGCUGAGGAAUGCUUUCAAGUGCAAAGUGAUGAAUAGGACUCCAAAUCUCAAGAAAACAUUUUCUCUAGCCAAACGACUUUCAGAUAUUUCAGACCUUUCCUGUGGCCUGAUCCCGUAGCCAGAAUUCUACAGCAGUUGAUGAGUUUCUACUCAAAUAAGGAAACUGGAUGAAAGAGUAGACUUUAAUGACAAUGGCCUGGUUCUUUUAUGUGAAGUGCUUUAUGUGUAAGACAAACAAAAAUAUCACUAAACACACCAAAAUACACCUCUUUCAUAAGUGAAUAACUAGUGUUUCUAUACCUGGAAUAUGUGUGUUUUAUUUACUGGAUGUUUACAUUUUGGGAAGGGAAACAUUUUCAGUUGUUAAAAAAUUGAAUAUUUAUAAUUUGUUGUUCCUAAGAUUUUUUAUAACAUAACAAAAUAUCUUUUCUCAUGAAUUUACAACUUCAAAAUAAAGACAAGUGCGUACAUAAUUGGGGAAGGAAUAGGCUUUGUUAAUCAAAUAGUAUCUUGAUUUUUCUGAAUGAGAUUGUUUUAUUUUUAACACUAAACGUGGGCGCUGUUUGUUAGCAAACUUACUUGGAAAGGUUAGUGUUGUGUGGUGUAUUAGAUUGCCCUAUCCUGUGUAUGAAGCAGAUUUGAUCUCUGUAUUCUUAAAUUCCUCGAUAGUUCUGGUUGUAAUUUUUAAAAAAUGCUACAUUAUUUCAUGUCUUUUAAAAAAAGUGCUUUAAUGGGAUGGAUAUACAGAACUUUGCAAAUAAUUAAAAACAAAGUAAUGAGAAAAUAGUACAACCUAAAUACAUUCUUAAUGUCACAAGUGUUUGAUGAUGUGCCUUUGAUUUAAUUUGGAACACUUUUCAAAGGAUACUUUGUGUUUGUAAUAAUCUUUGAAGAGCUUGGAAAUAAAAUUUCUGCUUAAUUCAUCA